AAAUUUCCAUUAUGGAUGAGCUUGUUAGAAUGCUGUAAGGCUAAUGUGGCUAAACUUUAGUUUGGCUAAAGUUUUCAUUAUCUCUGACUGCAUUCACAGAAACUAGCUAGUUUUAUCCCGAAAACGAUCACCGUAUAAACGCACAUUUAUUAUGCACUUUAUUUAUUUUUUUGUCGGUGUUUUUACAGACGUUUGUAAAUUAUAACCGUAAUUAAACAAAACAAUACCCGCUUUAUCUCCAUACAGCAAAACAAAACAAUACCAUGCUCUAUCUCUUAUCUCUGUUCUUUAGCUCUGUAGGCAUACUACAGUUCCCCCACAAGCACCUGUAACAAUUUUUAGAUUAACAUACGGUAGGCUACGCUAAAAUAUUCUUGUUCAAUGAAGAACAAACAGUUUACAAUUGCUCCGAAACAGCAGAGAGCGCAAACUUCUGGGACGCUGAGUUUUGACACGUGAGAGAAGUAUUUUUCCUCUGUGAUGUAGUGGCCCUGUCCCGGCCCUGUCCCAAAUGGCACACUCCGGACUUGUGGACUUCCUCAGAGUCCACACUUUGCUGACGUCAAGUAGUGCAGACCAUAGAGCCCUUGGCGCGAGUCCACGAGGGCGCAUUGAGAGAUCAAUCAAGCAAUCACUGCUCACACCUUCAUACAAGCCAUUCCCAACUAAAUGCUGUUGUGAAGAUGGAGAUUAUUAAGGGGGACAAUGAUGAUAUCAGAAAUUCAGAAGCACGCAGAGUGAAAGAUGAAGAUACCGAGGAACAAAUAGACUUGAUGAAAGUGCAAGAGGAAAGUGAAGAACUGAAUGAAAUGCAGAAGAAACGUCAGAUUCAGGAUUCAGAUUCAGAAGCCAAAAAGUCUUUUACCUGCCCUCAAUGUGGAAAGAGCUUCACGUGUAAUUCAAGCUUUAUUAUUCACACAAGAUGUCACGCUGGUGAGAAGCCAUUCACAUGCCCUCAGUGUGGAAAGAGUUUCAAAAAUAAAGGAAACCUUAGUAGUCACAUGCAAAUUCACACUGAAGAGAAGCCGUUCACAUGUGAUCAGUGUGGAAAGAGUUUCAAAUGGUCAAAUAGUCUCAGAGUUCAUAAGCUCAUUCACUCUGGAGAAAAGCCAUUUGAUUGUAAACAGUGUGAUAAGAAAUUUUUUAAGGAAUCGGACCUAAAGGGCCACAUGAAAGUUCACACAAAAGAAAAGCCUUACUUGUGUUCUGUUUGUGGAAAGGCAUUUUCAUGGCUGGGACGUUUUAAAGAUCAUGAGAAAAUACACGCUGGUGUGAAAGAGUAUUUGUGCUCCGAUUGUGGUAAAGCCUUUACUACAGCCACUCAGUUAAAAGUGCACCAAAGGAUCCACACUGGAGAAAAACCUUACAAGUGUUCAUAUUGUGAAAAGAGUUUCAAGCAGUUAGGAGGCCUGCAAGGACAUGAGAGAAUUCACACUGGAGAGAAGCCGUAUCAAUGCCAUCAAUGUGGAAAGAGAUUCAUCUGUUUCAGAACUACACAGAUUCACAGAAGGAAGCAUUGCCCAAAAUUAAAUGGAAUGGCUGCACAGUUAUAAACCUUUUUUUAAUUAUUAUAAUUUAGUAUUAUUUGAGAGGGGGUGAUAGAGAUGUGGGAAAUGUUUCAUUGGUGUUUUCUUAAUACCUCUGUAUAAUGCUGAAUAAAGGUUAUAAUAAAGUA